AUGUCAACCUUAGCCACUACAUCAAACCCGCAGAAGGAAGCCGGAGUCGUUUCGUUGCAAUGCCCGAUCUUAACCGCCACGAAUUACACAACUUGGGCGAUCAAAAUGGAAGCAAUUCUGGAUGCUCAAGGUCUUUGGGAGUCCAUAGAAACAGAAGAUGGUGUUGCAAUUGAUGAAAAAAAGAGCAAACUUGCAAGAGCUUUCUUGUUCCAAGCAAUACCAGAGGAGGUUUUGCUACAAGUUUCGAAGAAAAAGUCGGCGAAAGAAGUGUGGGAGUCGUUGAAAUUGAGAUACUUGGGAGCCGAGAGGGUGCAAAAAGCACGUUUGCACACCCUCCGAAGUGAGUUCGAGGCAAUGCGUAUGAAGGACGGGGAGUCCAUAGAUGAAUACGCCGGGAAGUUAUCCGGCAUGAUUUCGAAGUACAGUAGUCUCGGUGAGACUCUAGAAGACAAAGUGGUGGUUCGAAAAUUCCUCGACACGGUUCCGGACAAGUACCUUCAGUUAGUUGCUUCAAUUGAGCAAUAUUCAGAUUUGGAUACCAUGCCUUUUGAUGAGGCUAUCGGACGGUUGAAGGCAUAUGAGGAUCGACUGAAGUUACGACAAGCAAAUGCAACCAGUGAUAAUGCUUUGUUGUUAACUAAAAAUGAUGGCAGAUUUGAGCAAAAAUCCUCACACAGAAGUUUCACACCAAGUGGUCGUGGACGCGGGUUUUCGACGGAAAGAGGAGGUCGAAGCGGUUCAAGGGGUCGCGGAGCAAGCCGUGGAAGAGGUGGACGCGGAGGUAGUGGUCCGCGUUAUGACAGAAAAGCAAAAGAUAAACGACACGUGAAGUGUUUCAAAUGUAAUAACUAUGGUCAUUAUGCAAAUGAGUGUGACCAAGGGAAGAAAGAAGACGAUGAAGUUAACUUGACUCAAGGGCAGGAGGAAGAACAGACACUGUUAUUGAGUGUCUAUGGUGAAGAAACACCAUCCAUGGUGUUAUUAAACGAAGAAAAAGUCUACCCGAGUAGACUCGAAACGAAUGCAGAUCACAACGUGUGGUACAUGGACAAUGGGGCCAGCAAUCACAUGACUGGCCACAUUGACAUGUUUGCUGAAUUGGAUCAGAAGGUUACCGGGCAGGUGCGGUUCGGAGACGGGUCCAAGGUUCAAAUCGAAGGGAAAGGUACAAUUCUGUUCUUAUGUAAAAAUGGUGAUCAUUUGAGUGUGUCAAAUGUUUACUACAUCCCUGCACUCCGUAGUAAUGUUAUGAGCCUAGGCCAAAUGACGGAAGACGGGUACAAGAUAAUUAUGAAGCAAGAGUAUUUAAGAAUGUUUAAUGAAAGUGGGAAAUUAUAUAACCCUACAAAAAGUAACUUAAGAUUCAUGUGGGUAUAUUUCCUAAAGACUAAAGAUGAAGCUUUUAGUAAUUUCAAAAAGUUUAAAGUGAAGGCUGAAAAGAAUAAUAAAUACAAGGUUGGUAUGUUGAGAACGGAUCGCGGUGGAGAAUUUACUUCCAAAGAGUUCAAUCAGUACUGUGAAGACCAAGGGAUUGAACGCCAGUUAACGGCACCGUACACUCCACAACAAAACGGUGUUGUGGAGCGUCGGAACCGAACCGUAAUGGAAGUAACCCGUUCACUCUUGAAGACUAUGGCUGUGCCGGAGAUGUUUUGGGGUGAGGCGGUACGGCAUGCUAUGUAUGUCCUAAACCGGGUGUCGACAAAAGGUUUUAAAGGCAAGACUCCAUACGAAGGUUGGAAAGGUUUCAAGCCAAAAUUAAACAAAUUAAAGGUGUUUGGGUGUGUUGGCUUUAUUAAGAAAGUAGGAGGUCACCUUGAUAAACUAGCUGAUCGAAGUCAACCGUUGGUGUAUUUUGGCUCAGAGUCUGGUAGCAAAGAGUAUCGAAUGUACAACCCUAAGCAAAAACGAAUUUGUGUUGUGCGUGAAGGAGAUGCAGAGUUUUUGGAAGGGAGGCAUUGGGCCUGGAAUGAAGCCCAAAUAUACCAGCCCACAUCUCAGCAACCAAAUUGGGUUAAUUUAAAAGUUAAUUAUGAACAGGGGCCCAGUCAAGGUGACGUGUUUAAUGAUGCUACAGAUAACCCUAAUUCCCAAUUCUCAAAUGUUGUGUCUCCAAUUUUUGACUCUUUAGAAAACAAUGGAGAUCAGGGGAGCUCGUCUUGGGCAUCUGCAUCGAGCUCGAAUAAACACACGCAUAAUACUACCGAUUCAGUUGCAAGUUCAACCUAUGAUGAUACUCCGUUUCAGGGUUUCCGUUCGUUAGACGAUGUAUACGACUCUACUGUCCAAAUUGAAGAUUCUGGUGAAUUAUUUCUAAUUGAUGAUGAGCCAGCGUCCUAUAAAGAGGCUGUUGCAAUUAGUGAAUGGAAGACUGCUAUGAAGAGUGAAAUUGAGUCGAUAGAACGAAACAAAACCUGGUCUUUAGUUCAAUUGCCUGCUGGUCACAAGGCAAUCGGACUAAAAUGGGUUUUUAAAUUGAAGAAGGACAUGGAUGGGAACAUCACAAAGCAUAAGACCAGACUGGUUGUGAAAGGGUAUGCACAGAGAAAAGGGGUCGAUUUUGGUGAUGUUUUCGCGCCUGUUGCAAGAAUGGAGACCAUCAGACUUCUUCUAGCCAUGGCAGCUUCAGGAGGUUGGCUUGUGCAUCACCUUGAUGUCAAGACGGCUUUUCUGAAUAGGAGCUCAGUGAAGAAGUAUAUGUGA